AUGGGGCCUUUUGUCCUCGAGGCGUGUGCUGGUAUACGGGGCUCGACUCUGCACAAAACGGUGCAGUGGCCGGUAUCGAGCUGCUUAGAUGAAUGGACUGAGAUUGCUUUUGUUAUGGUGCUAUAUAAUCUGGGAGCGCUCAAACGGGGAGAGAGUUGUUGCAAUGCCCUCAUAAACAUGCAUGCAAAAUGUGGGACUGUUACCAAUGAAGAGGUAAGUGAAACUUCACUUGAUGGAUGGAUGCAUGGUGGAUUUGUUGUAAGGGAGUGCCAGGGACACGAAAACUAUGGGAGUUCUCCUAUAGGACUUGGAGAAGAAGGGCAGCAAGGCUCGAGCUCGUCUCCAACUCUAGAUCUCGGUUUGGUGGUGGAGGAGAUUCACCAUAACUACGAAAACAACCCUCUAGUCUGUACAGCUUAA